AUCACGGUGUGCUGUGUAGUUUUGAUAAUAAUUAGAUAUUGUAAAAAAAUGGUGUAUGAGCAGUGAAUUACGUGUUGACAUCAAUAGUCAGUAAAACAUGUUGACGGUUUUUUGAUAACGUUUAGUUGCGUCGAAACCAGAAUGUUACACGAACGUAUUUGCCAAUGGCUGGGGCAUUUGAAAUUAUCUCGCGUUAUCCUGAUGGUCUCUGUGAUGUUAUUCAUAGUGCCGCUUGUUACUCACUAUUAUCUAUCAAAGUAUGAAACUACUACAUCUAUGUCCUUGGGUGCUAAUAAUAUGCGGCACACUCUUGAAGCAUUGGGUGAUUUGUCAACAACAAAUGUGGUGGAUCUUAAAAUUAGAAUUGAGGAGAUGCUUCGGAUUAAGGCUUCAGUGUCAACGGAACUGCGGGAAUUAGAGGAAAAGCGGGGAAAAUUGCAAAGAGAAGCGGCAGCUGCAAGUGCUAAAUCAGAUAGUGUUAAAGCGGAGUACGCGCGAGCAACUGCUGAAUUGCAAAGAUUACGCGUUUCCGCAGACCAGGCACGUCUUGCACAACUAGAGGCUAUCCGUAGAGAUUCCCCGGAAUUGGCUCCGCCUACUCAAAUCCUUCACACACAACUGCCUCCCAUUCUUCCGCCUAUCAGUUCCGCAUCAGAAGUCCAUUGUCGUAUGCAUUCGUGCUUUGAUCAUUCCCGUUGUUCCCUAACUUCCGGUUUCCCAAUCUACUUCUACGAUCCCGAGAAAUUCUCCCCGCUAGUUGGUGCUGAAGUGGAUGGCUUUCUCAAAACGACUUUGCGACAAACGCUAAGCUACAAUUCUCAUUUGACGCACAAUCCUAAUGAAGCAUGUGUUUAUCUUGUGCUGGUUGGCGAAGGAUUUCCUCUGGAUAAAAGCCCCUCUUCAACAACAGAUACGUACAAGUUGUCGUUGAACGAGAGUGCUAUAAAAAGCUUACCGUAUUGGGGUGGUGAUGGUCGUAAUCACGUGCUGUUGAACUUGGCCCGACGGGAGCUGUCAGUCGGUUCUGGAGAUGCAUUUCACACUGCUUCUACAGGGAGAGCUAUGAUCGCCCAAUCUACAUUUACUAUGCAACAGUAUCGGCCGAGUUUUGAUCUUGUAACUCCACCUGCUCUUGGGCCUCCAGGUGGAGACGUAUGGGUGGAUUGUGCUCCAAUAGCACCCGCACGACGCAAAUACAUACUUAGUUUUCAGGGUUCGCAAACACCACUGCCUGCAGGAUCAAGUGUAGAUAAUGAUAAAUUUCUUAUUGACACGCUUCAAAAAACUGCGAAAGAGGCUCCUUCGUCCGAUGUGUUUUACUUGCAAUUUGAGUGCGAUCCGCCGAUAGAGAGGCGAGCCGUGAUUCAUAUUGGCGACUGGACACUAUGCGGCACCGAUCGAUCGCGAAGAUCAAUUUUGAGAGAUUCCACCUUUGUUUUGAUACUAGCUCCAGCCGAUAAUAAUUAUGCCACAACGGCUCUUUUGCAAGCUCGCUUAUACGAAGCGUUGCGGUCUGGUGCGAUACCCUUAAUUUUGGGUGGUGAUCGAAUCCGCUUGCCCUUUGAUGAAGUGCUCGAUUGGCGUCGGGCGACUUUGUCUCUUCCAAAAGCUCGGGUGACGGAGUUGCAUUUUCUACUUCGAGCUCUGUCGGAUGCAGACCUUCUUACCUUCCGAAGGCAGGGUCGUGUUUUGUGGGAGCGCUAUUUGAGUUCAGUGCAGGCCAGUAUGGAUUCAUUGCUGGCGACGAUACGAACUCGGUUGAAUAUACCAGCUCAGCCGGCUAUCGCGACUUCCGGGGUUCCUGCAUUUAAUGAGUCUUACUACCCGCCAAAACUGGAGCCACCCGCCGUCGACACAGAACCUGAAGAGACUCUAGGGCCGUCGGAAGCUCCGUAUCCGAGUCCAGCUUACCGUAGAAAUUAUUCAUUAGCCCUGUUGCACGGAUACGAACUGUGGAAUGAAUGGGGCGAGCCGUUUGCUCUAUACCCACAGUUGCCUUGGGAUCCACCGGUAACUUCUGAAGCGCGAUUUAUGGGAUCAGCGGCUGGUUUCCGUCCGAUCGGCGCGGGCGCAGGUGGCUCCGGGAAGGAGUUUAGCGAAGCACUCGGCGGUGACAGACCAAGAGAACAGUUCACUAUAGUGAUACUAACCUAUGAAAGAGAAGCAGUGUUGGCAGCCGCUUUAGCGCGACUACGAGGUUUACCGUAUCUGAACAAGGUGGUGGUGGUCUGGAACGGCGUGACCGCGCCCACGGCGAUGCAGGCGUGGCCGGAGUCCGGGGCACCUGUGGCAGUAGUGCGAGCGUCGCGGAACUCCCUCAACAACCGAUUCUUGCCGUACAACGUGAUCGAGACCGAAGCGGUGCUGUGUGUUGACGACGACGCACACUUGAGACACGACGAAAUCGUUUUUGCGUUCAGAGUGUGGCGUGAACAUCGCGAUCGGAUCGUCGGAUUUCCUGGCAGAUACCACGCGUGGGACCUCAAUUUUAACAAUGGAUUCCUAUACAAUUCAAAUUACAGUUGCGAGCUGAGCAUGGUUCUGACGGGCGCGGCGUUCGUGCACCGCUACUACCUGUGGGCGUACUGGCACUCACUGCCGGCCGCCAUGCGUGAUUACGUUGACGAGUACAUGAACUGUGAGGACAUUGCAAUGAACUUCCUCGUCGCGCACAUCACACGGAAACCGCCGGUCAAGGUAACGUCGCGGUGGACUUUCCGUUGCCCAGGUUGUCCGGUGACACUGUCAGCGGAUGAAACACAUUUCCACGAAAGACAUAAAUGCAUACAGUUCUUCUCUCAGGUAAUGGGUUAUACACCUUUAUUAUCAACGCAGUAUCGCGCGGAUUCGGUACUAUUCAAAACGCGAAUACCUCACGACAAACAAAAGUGUUUUAAAUUUAUAUAACUUACAAUUAGAUUGAUAAACUAAACUGUUUAUAUUGACUUUAUAGCACUGGCAAACGAUUUAUAUCAACCAAAUCAAGCAAAGGAAAGUCCUAUAAUAUCCAGUUGCUGACUAUCGAAUUUGAUUACCUAACGUAACGUAACUUCGAUUUAUUUGCGCUAGAAAAACUAUCACUUAUUUAAGCUGUGAUCAAUCUGAGGUUAAUCCCGCGUUGGACAUGACGUUUUGGAAUUUCGAAUUUCGCACGUUCGCUUAGCCUCUCAAUAUGCCACCACUUUCUGCAUUUUCGGUUCCUCACGGUCGACUUUAUUCUGAAGAUGAAGUUUUAUUAUUGUAAGUAGCAAAAGAAAAGAAGAGUGUACAUGCGUUUAUGAAAAGUAUAAACUAUUUUUAAAAAC